UAUUGUCUAGGGCAAGAGUUUUUGCCACCCCAAAGUGACAGUGCGAGUCGAACGCUUGUUGACAAAGAUGAACGAAACCCUUUUGUAGGCACACUAUACAUAAGCAUCUUAAGGCGUCAUAGCAGGCUAGAUUCUGAGAUAUUCCUUUAUUUUCCGAAUUAUAUACUCUCGUACACACAGCUGAAGAGAAUAGCGCGACAGUGAAAUGGGUUAUUGCAUGAAGCACUGCGACAAUGUCUGUUCUAGUCUCCUUUCAUCAUCGUCAUCCAGUCUCACUCCCUCCAAGAAGUCUUUGUCAAAGCCCAACUCUUUGCGCUUCUUUUUCUACCCAAAUACACCAUGCACAAACAGAAAUUUAUCGUCUUUAAACCUCCAAUCCCGGCCCUCGAUUUUUCAUUCAUCAGAAUCACGUAACAGAGUGAACUCAAUUCGAAGCGAUCGGGUGGUGGUUACUAGCGACAAUGAUUCAGAGAAUGGAGGAGUGUUUGAUAAGCCAGAACAGGGUAAAAGAACCGAUAUAAAGAAGAUUUUGAUUCUGGGUGCAGGGCCAAUUGUGAUUGGGCAAGCUUGUGAGUUCGAUUACUCGGGGACUCAAGCUUGUAAAGCUCUUAAGGAGGAGGGUUAUCAAGUGAUUCUUAUUAAUUCCAAUCCGGCAACAAUAAUGACUGACCCAGAUUUGGCGGAUAGGACUUACAUUGAGCCAAUGACACCAGAACUAGUUGAGCAAGUGCUCGAGAAGGAGAGGCCUGACGCUCUAUUGCCCACCAUGGGUGGUCAGACGGCCCUUAACCUUGCGGUGGCAUUGGCUGAAAGUGGAGCUCUUGACAAGUAUGGCGUUGAGUUGAUCGGAGCAAAGCUUGAAGCGAUUAAGAAGGCAGAGGAUAGAGAUUUGUUCAAACAAGCUAUGAAGAACAUUGGGCUGAAGACUCCUCCUUCGGGAAUUGGGAAUACUCUGCGGGAGUGUAUUGAGAUUGCGAAUUCGAUUGGGGAGUUUCCCUUGAUUAUACGACCAGCGUUCACUUUAGGUGGGACUGGAGGUGGGAUUGCUUAUAAUAGGGAGGAAUUCGAGACGAUUUGUAAGUCGGGCCUCAAUGCUAGCUUAACAUCACAAGUUUUGGUGGAGAAAUCUCUGUUGGGGUGGAAAGAAUAUGAGCUUGAGGUUAUGAGAGACUUGGCGGACAAUGUGGUUAUUAUUUGCUCCAUUGAGAAUAUUGAUCCAAUGGGGGUUCAUACUGGUGACUCGAUCACUGUGGCUCCUGCGCAGACAUUGACUGAUAAGGAGUACCAGAGGCUUAGAGAUUACUCGAUUGCAAUCAUAAGGGAAAUUGGAGUUGAAUGUGGUGGUUCAAAUGUUCAAUUUGCUGUAAGUCCUCAUGAUGGAGAAGUUAUGGUGAUUGAGAUGAAUCCUAGAGUUUCAAGGUCCUCGGCUCUGGCCUCAAAAGCUACUGGUUUUCCAAUUGCAAAGAUGGCUGCAAAGUUGUCAGUUGGUUAUUCAUUGGAUCAGAUUCCUAAUGACAUCACAAAGAAAACUCCUGCUAGUUUUGAACCUUCCAUAGAUUAUGUGAUACCCCGGUUUGCAUUUGAGAAAUUCCCAGGAUCACAGCCAAUACUUACAACCCAGAUGAAAUCUGUUGGUGAAUCGAUGGCAGUAGGCCGCACAUUCCAAGAAUCCUUUCAGAAAGCAGUUCGAUCAUUGGAAUGUGGCUAUUCUGGAUGGGGUUGUGCACAGGUCAAGGGGCUGGACUGGGACUGGGACCAGUUAAAAUAUAGUCUUCGGGUCCCUAGUCCAGAUCGCAUCCAUACCAUAUAUGCUGCCUUGAAGAGGGGAAUGAAGGUGGAUGAUAUUCAUGAGCUGAGUUGCAUUGACAAAUGGUUUCUCACUCAGCUGAAGGAGCUGGUAAAUGUGGAACAAUACCUUGUGGCCCAGAGUUUGUCUGUUUUGACAGAGGAUGACUUUUAUGAAGUGAAAAAGAGAGGUUUUAGUGAUAGGCAGAUAGCUUUUGCAACAAGAUCCACUGAGAAAGAAGUCCGCUUGAAGCGGUUAUCUUUGGGUGUUAAACCGGCAUAUAAACGAGUUGAUACAUGUGCUGCAGAAUUUGCGGCUAACACUCCUUACAUGUACUCAUCUUAUGACACUGAGUGUGAAUCAGCUCCCACCCAAAGGAAAAAAGUUUUGAUUUUAGGUGGGGGUCCGAAUCGGAUUGGUCAGGGAAUUGAGUUCGACUACUGCUGCUGCCAUACAUCCUUCGCCCUUCAGAAUGCAGGCUAUGAAACAAUCAUGAUGAAUUCGAAUCCUGAGACAGUAUCAACAGAUUAUGACACAAGUGAUCGCCUAUACUUUGAACCUCUGACAAUUGAAGAUGUUCUGAACAUCAUUGACUUAGAGAGACCUGAUGGCAUCAUUGUGCAGUUUGGAGGUCAAACGCCACUGAAACUGGCUCUAAGCAUUCAGCAUUACUUAGACGAGCAUAAGCCUAAAUGUAAAAGUGGGGCAGGGUAUGUUCGCAUUUGGGGUACAUCACCUGAUUCCAUUGAUGCCGCUGAGGACAGGGAGAGAUUCAAUGCAAUCCUGAAUGAACUAAAAAUUGAGCAGCCAAAAGGAGGCAUUGCCAAGAGUGAAGCGGAUGCUCUUGCCAUUGCAGCGGACAUAGGAUACCCAGUAGUUGUCCGACCUUCUUAUGUGUUGGGUGGCCGGGGAAUGGAGAUUGUUUAUAGUGAUGAAAAGCUUGUGACCUAUCUUGAAAGUGCUGUUGAGGUUGACCCAGAACGUCCUGUCUUGGUUGACAAAUAUUUAUCUGACGCCAUAGAGAUUGAUGUUGAUGCACUAUCAGACUCACAUGGUAAUGUGGUAAUUGGAGGGAUAAUGGAGCACAUUGAGCAGGCUGGGGUCCAUUCAGGUGACUCAGCUUGCAUGAUUCCCACAAAAACCAUUUCACCUUCAUGCUUGGACACAAUCAGAUCAUGGACUUCGAAAUUGGCUAUGAGGCUAAAUGUGUCUGGGCUCAUGAACUGUCAAUAUGCAAUCACAGCUUCUGGGGAAGUUUUUUUGCUGGAGGCUAACCCCCGGGCAUCCCGUACGGUGCCUUUUGUGUCCAAGGCUAUUGGUCACCCAUUGGCUAAAUAUGCUUCUCUUGUCAUGUCUGGAAAAUCUCUGCAUGACCUCAAUUUCACAAGAGAGGUUAUUCCAAGGCAUGUAUCAGUUAAGGAAGCUGUUCUUCCGUUUGACAAAUUCCAAGGAUGUGAUGUGUUUCUAGGUCCUGAGAUGCGUAGUACUGGCGAGGUAAUGGGAAUUCACUCUGAAUUUUCAGUUGCUUUUGCCAAGGCCCAAUUAGCUGCCGGGCAGAAGCUACCCAUUUCUGGCACACUGUUCCUUAGCUUAAAUGACUUGACAAAGCCUCACCUUGCUACUAUUGCGCGGGCCUUUCUAGGUCUUGGAUUCAAAAUUGUUUCUACAUCUGGCACGACCCAUGUUCUUGAAUUAGAUGGCAUCCCGGUGGAUUGUGUUCUGAAGAUGCAUGAGGGGCGGCCACAUGCCGGUGAUAUGAUUGCUAAUGGACAGAUACAGUUGAUGGUGAUCACGAGUUCAGGUGAUGACAUUGACCAGAUUGAUGGGAGGCAGCUAAGGAGGAUGGCUCUUGCAUACAAGAUUCCUAUAAUAACAACCGUGGCUGGAGCUUUGGCUACUGCUGAGGCAAUAAGAAGCUUGAAAUGCCGUAAAGUUGAGAUGGUGGCUCUUCAGGAUUACUUUAAUGCUGAAAAGGAAGCAGGGAGCAGCAAAAACUUGCAGUCUGUUUCUUCCUCUCUUCUAAUUAACUAG